AUGAUCGCUGACAGAGUGAAGGCCUUAGUUGACAAUCCUGAGGAUUUCCUGGAGCUGUCUCUCAUAGCGGGUAUUGGUAUGGAGUACGGACAUGUUCCUAGAGCUAACAUAUUGACAGGAAUAGGCAAAGUAAUGGACCGGUAUUGCAUGAUCACUGCUAUGGAUGGAGCAUUCAAAGGAGGUGCAAUCUAUCCUAUAACCCUGAAAAAACAACUCCGAGCACAGCAGAUCGCUCAACAGAACUGCCUGCCUUGCAUUUAUGUAGUGGACUCGGCUGGAGCAUUUCUGCCUUUGCAAGCAGACAUCUUCAACCCCGGAGGCCAGGGAUUCUAUAAUGAAGCUGUUAUGUCAGCAGCACAGAUACCACAAAUUGCCAUAGUAUGUGGGAGCUGUACGGCUGGUGGAGCUUACAUCCCCACCAUGGCAGACGAGGCGGUGAUUGUUGACAAGGCUGGGACAAUAUUUUUGGGUGGACCACCUCUAGUGCAAGCUGCUCUUGGGGAGACAGUCUCAGCAGAGGAGUUGGGAGGUGCAACACUACAUUGCAGGACAAGUGGUUGCACAGAUUAUUUUGCUGAGAGUGAAGCAGAAGCCUUUAGAAUUGGGCGGAAUAUUGUAGCUUGUCUGAAAGUAUCUUGUAAUACUGACCUGGACAUUGCUGACAUUGAUGAGCCAGUUUAUGAUAUUGAUGACAUUCCUGGAAUCUUGCCAGCUGUUGACUUGUUGCAUACACUCAACAUGUAUCAGAUAAUAGCUCGCAUUGUGGAUGGAAGUCGGUUUCAUGAGUUUAAAGCUUUGUUUGGGAGUAUGCUGAUAACAGGAUUUGCUCAUAUUUCAGGUCACUUAGUUGGCAUCAUUGCUAACCAGGGAGUGAUCAGUGAAGACGAAGCUGUGAAAGCAGGUCAUUUCAUCCAGCUGUGCUGUGAACGAGAUAUUCCUUUGAUAUUCCUUCAGAACACAGCCUCAGAUGUACUUGGGGUUUCUUCUAACAAAGAAAUAGAUAUGGCAGCCACAAGAACCUGCCUGAAAAGUCGUGCAAGAAUGUUGGCCGCUGUUUCUUGUGCAUCAGUUCCUAAACUUACUGUUAUUGUUGGCGGUGGUUUUGGUUCAAGUCAUUAUCUGAUGGGUGGCCUUGCUGUAAACCCCAGUUUUUUGUUUGCAUGGCCAAAUGCUCACGUGGCAAUCAUGGAACCAGACAAGCUAGCACAAGCUGUAGUCCAUGAGGAGGCCAGAAAUAAAGAUGGAGCUAGUCAAAACUUGAAGAAACUGUCACAGAAAUAUCAUGCAGAAUCUUCUGCUAUAUUUGGAGCAACAAGAAUGCUCAAUGAUGGAAUUAUUUUACCUCAAGAAACUCGCAAAGUUUUGUCUCAAUGUUUGGCCAUUUGUAAAGCCUACAGACCCCGAGGGCAGCAAGAUUAUCCUGUCUUCAGAUUUUGA